AAUGAGUAAUAUCACCGUUUUUUACAAACUUGGUUCUCCACCAAAUGGAAUUACAUUGUCUGACUAUUUUCCGCAAUGCUCUUACUUCUGACCAAUACACGGUUUUAGAUUAAUCGUGUGGCAGUGACGUUACUGGUAGGCUAACUGAUAAAUUGACGAGUGCCUUGAUUUAAUAUUUCAUUCUCACACCAUCUUUUUGGCUCCAGAGGAUAACCGAGAGUUUUAUUUGAAACAUUUACACCAUGGCAAACACUUGUUUACAGUUAAGCGGUUUUUUGGUCAGCUGCAUCGGAUGGAUUGGAAUCAUCAUUGCUACAGCCACCAACGACUGGGUGGUGACCUGUAAAUAUGGAAUGAAUACCUGCAAAAAGAUGGAUGAGCUGGGGGCUAAAGGUUUAUGGGCGGACUGUGUGAUCUCUACUGCGCUGUAUCACUGCGUCUCCCUCACACAGAUUUUGGAUUUACCAGCUUACAUUCAGACGUCUCGUGCCCUGAUGAUCACCGCAUCGAUCCUCGGUUUGCCUGCCAUUGGGGUCGUGCUGUGCUCCAUGCCGUGCAUCAACUUGGGAAAUGAACCGGAGAGCGCUAAAAACAAACGGUCUAUGCUCGGCGGGAUACUCAUCCUGAUAGUAGCUACGUGUGGGAUUGUUUCCACGGUGUGGUUCCCUAUCGGUGUCCAUAGCGAGCAAGGUCUCAUGUCCUUCGGCUUCUCGCUCUACGCCGGCUGGGUGGGCGCCGCGUUCUGUUUGCUGGGGGGCUGCCUGAUCACAUGCUGCAGCUCCGAAAGCUCUGCUCCCUACGCUGACAACAACCGUUUCUACUACUCCAAACAGGGACCCAACUCCGUUCCGCCGUCCACCAACCAUGCCAAAAGUGCACACGUUUGAAUUGGUCUUGCAACACACCACUGGAGACUUGGAAGCUCGUGGGCGCCUUACUUCUCCUUAUCUCUCGCUAUAAAAUGCCCGGUUACCACGGUUCACGCUUCAUGGGGCAACUGGACGCUCAUUUGGUGACAAGGAGUGAUUUGGCCUUGAAUAGACUAGCGCUCUUGUCAGGUGCUUCAGUGGCAGGGCGAGGCAGAGACUCACCCAGAUGUUACAUAACAAACCCCAGCCCCCUGCCAGCACAAGCGCAGACCUGCUGACCACAGUGAACAACACGGACACGAUUUUAAAGAUGUUUUUUAUUUGUUGUUAUUUCUUUUUGUCACUGACUCUGCGAAUUGCCAAACUGUUCUUUUACCUCCUUUUCUAUGGAAGUAGUUAUAUAAUUAUAGUCUGAAUUUUCAAUAAAUGAAAAGACAAAUGAAAACUAACACAAAUCAUUUGAAAUGUUAGGUCCAUCAAAGGGGAACAGCAUACUUACUUGUCCUCUGAAUCAAGAUGGCGAAUAGACAUAUGUUACCAGUUCUGCUUUAACAAUUUUCUGUUAUGUCUAGAAACGUGUAGGACAUCUACACCAAAGUAGUUUGUGAUUUUCUCUAUUUAUUGCAAUAUUUGUAUCGAUUUGUAUUUUUUUAUUUUAAUAAACAAUGUAAUUCACACUCA